GGGCCCGCGGCCCAGUGCCCUGGAGAACGAGCCCAGUUCCAGCGGCGAGAACGUCGUCAGUCGUACUGCGACCGGUUCUCUCCCCGGCGCAGCGGCGCUCUCCUCUCAGGCCUCUUCAACGCCCCGCAAGCUCCCUGCCGAUCGUUUCCUUGCCGGCGGUGAGCCGUCCUGGCCCGGCGGCCCGUGAACUGCUGCCUCUGAUUCCCGGUGGAUCCUCCUCGAGUCUCGAGGCCUCCUCCUCCUACUCCUCGCCGGUGGCUCUGCAAGGAUGACAUUGUACUGAUUCAACCAUAACUAGCUGCAUUUCCAAUGGACAACAACAACCUUGUGGACCCGGAAGAGCUUGCGGACACGCAAGAGGACAAGGUCCUAAAAUUUCAGUGCAAUCUAUGUGACACGGAGGUUGUACACAGCAUGACACAGCUCUUACUUCAAGCAUUGGCCACCGCUUCAGUGGACAACACCACUGGCGAUAUCUUCAAGAGCCCAUCGUCUGUUGCUGGUGGCAUGAAGACAGAGCUAGCAGGGUACAUGAUUCAGAGAUGUGAGCCACUUCCCGAAUCUAUGGACGGACAUCAGGCUCGUUCAGAUCAAUUAACAAAAGCAUCCAUCUGGCCGGCGGAGUUCCUGUCAGACUCGGUCGAUGAUUUCGUGACCUCAAAGAGGAAUAUGAUGAGCCAUGUCUCUGGUUUUUUCUCUAGCGAAAGCCGCCUCAACAAAAUUAAAGACUUCGUGCAAAAGUUAGAGACGGAAAACGUGUGGGCUGAGAAUGAAAGGAAGGCGACCACAGAGACUAUUCUGAGGAAAACCGACGUGAAAUGCACUUUCCAUUGCCCUGAGAGAUUUGACAUGCCAGAGAAGCUAGCUGAGCACGAAAGUCAAUGCAAAUUUAGGAUAGUUAACUGCACGAAUGAUGGAUGUGCAGUUUCUUGUUGUGCUGUUCAUAUCGAAAAGCAUGAUUCCGUCUGCCCUUUCAAGCUCUUACCAUGUGAGCAGCUGUGUGAGCAACAGGUUAUGCGGUCCAAGAUGGACAAACAUUGUGAAACAGUCUGCCCUAUGAAGCUUAUCAACUGCCCGUUUUAUGGAGUUGGCUGUGAAACAGCCUUUGCGCAGUGUUCUCUUGAUAGGCAUUGUUCGGGGUUUCUGCAAACCCACCUGAUGUAUGUCGUCCACGUGAUUACAAGACAGGGCGCUUCUGUUAAUGAUAUGGAUCAACGGUUGCAACUCCUUGAGAAGGUCCAGUCAUUGAAUGAACUCUCUGGGGCUUUAGAUGUCAGGACCCUCACUCUGGUAACAAAAGAACAAGAAUCGAAGAUCAAUAAACUUGAAAAGGAUCUCAAAGCGCAAGAGACAAAGAUGAAAAAACUUGAGAAUGAUCUCAGGUCACGGAAAUGAUUGUUGUCAUGAACUCAUCAUUGCAGCCUUUACGGGAAACCAGGAGUAAUUCUUCUCCUUCUUGACAGUCAACACAUUUAGAAGUGUUUGGUGUGCUAGGUGGACCUUUUUGGUCGUUUCAACUGUAUUUGAUUGUCUUCAAGAUUGUAGGCUGCAAUAGCAUUACUGUCUUGACUCUUCGAUGAAGCUUUCAGGUUAUGGUGCAAGAAGCCUCCACAUCUUGCAAAUAUGUUUUGUUUGUAUAUGUCCAUGGAACUAUGCAGGUGGAUUUCUUCUGCGGGUCUUUAUGCCGAGGAUAUCGCCACAGUAUCGUCACUUGCUGGGCCAUUUGACUCGGCUCUGAGGGUAUAAUCACUGGCAGCCUCCAAAAUCUUGCAAACUUCUCUCCUGUACUGUACCAGAAGGUCCAGGUCAUGUUAGGAAGACAGUCAAAUACUGUUUAUAAAAGAUCAAAUUACGUUCCUGAUUUCG